AUGUUUGAAUUGAAUGUAAAAUUGAUUACAGAAUACUUUGAAUUUAUGAGAGAAUAUUUGGAAAAGAUAUGUUUGUAAUAUUGUAAAAUCUGUAAAUAACUUUAGCUAUGAAACUCUGAUGAUAAAAAUUUUUUGGAUCCUCAUAUUAUUCAUGAAUCUUUCGAGGAAUCAUGAAUAAUCUUGCAGAAUUUCUUAUUAAUAUACUUGGGUAUUCUAGCAGUUUAAAAUUGCAUUAAUCAUUCCUAUUUAAGUUUCUUUACUGAUAUGUUCCUGUUGA